AGUGUAAGUUAUGCAUAAUGGAUGCAGAAGAUGUUGACACGAAGCACACGUGUAGACUGCAUUCCCAUUUCCCACCGACUUAACCCUCCUAAGUAACUUUCCCUCGUUUCCUAUCCGAAGAAUGGAAUCAAACUUCCUUCAUUUGGCAUUUGGCAGCAUGCAACGUUUUGUCGACCAUGUUCUCGCCGUUACCAAAGAGUCGGUGAAGACGUUAACUUACGAGUCCUUGAACAACUUCGUCAGAUUCAUCAAUGGCGUCUCCGCUCUUCUCUUGACACUGCUGCCUGGAAAUGCUACUAUCCUUGAAGGUAUUCACGGUUGGGAGCUCAGGCCAACUUUUCGUGCUCCACGCCUUCCACGUUGGAUGGAAAAUGGCGUUUCCUCUUUCAACCACUUUGUUCACCAGCUUUCUCUCGAUUCCGAUGUUUCCAGCCUCGAUUAUUCAUCUGCAGAUGAAGACACUGAUGCCUACGAUGAAUAUGCUGAUUCUCCCUCUUCUCAAAACUCCAGAACCUCCACAUCUAGUUUUUCUGAUUAUGGUAGGCAUCGUCACAUCAAUUGCUUCCGCUAUAUCCUUCUUUGGAUUUUGCUUCCGAUACAGUUUUUGCUGCGGAUUCCAUUUCGCCUUUUCCACUUAGCUUAUUCUGCAGUGUCAAAGCCACCAGCUAUAUCUGCCAAUCAACACCCUUCAAAUUCACAUUCACAUUAUAAUAGAAUGCAAAGCCUCAAGGACCACAUGAUCCAUCGUGCUACUGAUAGGAGACGUGGGGUCGUAGAGGAUCUUCAUAUGGCUAUGGAGAUAUUUAUAGAAGCUGUUUUUGAUGUUGUGCACAAUGCAGUGCAUCUUCUUCUUUCCCCAUCAGAAGCUUUAGGAAAAUUAUUCAGGUUGUUUUCAUCUCAUGAAAGAGGCAUUGUAAGUGAUCAAGUUGUUGGGGAUGCCACUGUUUCCUCAUCUACACUUGGAGAGAAUGAUCCGACACCUAGAGAGAGGAAUACCAGUUUUCGGCAACCUCUGAACACGGACGCCCGGACAUGUCAAGAUGUCAUAACGGAGCUAGGGUAUCCGUUUGAAGCUAUUCAUGUGAUCACUAAGGAUGGAUAUGUUCUUCUUUUAGAAAGAAUUCCUAGGCGAGAUGCAAGUAAAGCUGUUUUUCUUCAGCAUGGAGUCUUUGAUUCAUCAAUGGGUUGGGUAUCUAAUGGUAUUGUUGGCUCUCCCGCUUUUGCAGCCUAUGAUCAAGGGUAUGAUGUAUUUCUGGGAAACUUUCGUGGUUUGGUUUCUAGGGAACAUGUCAACAAGAACAUCUCGUCUCGUGCAUACUGGCAGUACUCCAUCAACGAACAUGGGACUGAGGAUAUUCCUGCUCUGAUAGAGAAAAUUCAUCAAGUAAAAACUGCUGAAUUGAAGCUAAGCAAGCCUGGUGUUGAGGAGGAAAGUAAUGGUGAUCAGCUUUACAAGCUUUGUGCAAUUUGCCAUAGUUUGGGAGGAGCUUCUAUGAUAAUGUAUGUUGUUACACGUAGAAUAGAAGCGAAGCCCCAUAGACUUUCAAGAUUGGUUUUGUUAUCACCUGCUGGAUUUCAUCACGACUCUAACCUAGUCUUUUCUGUGGUGGAGCAUGUAUUAUUUUUGCUGGCCCCUAUUUUGUCUCGUAUUUUCCCAGCCUUCUAUAUACCAACCAGGUUUUUCCGUAUGCUUGUUAACAAGUUAGCUCGAGACCUGCAGAACCUGCCUGCAGUUGGAGGAUUGGUUCAAACUUUAGUAGGUUAUGUUGUUGGUGGGGACAGCUCAAAUUGGGUUGGAGUUUUAGGAUUACCACAUUACAACAUGAAUGACAUGCCAGGAGUAUCUUUUGGUGUUGCUCUCCAUCUUGCACAGAUAAAGCGUACUAGAAGAUUUAGAAUGUUUGAUUAUGGGAGUGCUUAUGCUAAUGUCAGAGAGUAUGGUUCCCCUGAGCCUUUGGAUUUGGGUGAACACUAUGGACUCAUCAACAUUCCUGUUGAUCUGGUUGCUGGUCAAAAAGACAGAGUGAUACGACCUUCAAUGGUAAAGAGACACUAUAAAUUGAUGAAGGAUGCAGGUGUGCAUGCGUCAUAUAAUGAGUAUGAAUAUGCUCAUUUGGACUUUACCUUCUCUCACCGUGAAGAACUUUUGUCAUAUGUUAUGUCACGUUUGCUACUUGUGGAACCCAAUUCAAAGAAUCAAGUUAAUCAAAGGGCUGCAAGAUGGAGGAAGAAAGGACAGGUUUGAGUUACUGGGUAGGAUGAGAAUCUAUACAUUAUCAUCUCCUACUGGUGUGUACUGCUGGAUGGAGCUGUAUAUAUACCUGGCUGGUAACAGAGCUGCUCUGACAUGCGUCAUCCCUUCCUUUAAUUUUUAUUUUUUUUUUAUUUUUAUAUAUAUAGAAGAAAUGGACUUUAAAAAGGUUUAAAAAAAUGUAGGAAUACAUUGUAAAAUAGUCUCAACCCUAUGAUGUGAACUCUGUAUUUGGGUUUAAAGAUGUGAACUCUGGCCCGCCCACGAAACCGUCCGGGUCUCAGAUACACUUACACCACCA